AGUUUUUAUUAUUUUUAUUCAAAAGGUAUUCGUUGUUGAAUCGACGUAUCAAGCGAGCUGAUUCAUCGCUAAGGAAUAUGGAAAAAAUUAUCUAUUCAAGAAAAUAAGAACGCAUACUCGAUCGAAUUUAUAUUGCUAGUUCAAAUUAACGCGAUAAACCUUAUCGUAUUUAGGUUUCUUUUUCUGAUAACGACGUAUGACGUCAGUCUUUUAAUAAAUUCGGAUUAUAUAACGCCUAUUCAAAUCGAAGCUCGAACUUGGUUUCAGUGUCGCUACUUACUCAUACUCAUUACCUAUUUUUCUUAUUACAAUAUGCAUAAGUAUGUUUCUAUAUUGUUCUGAAUUCGCUCAAUCAUGUAUUCGAUGUGUGUAUUGUCAAAUGUAGGUAUUUAAAUUGUUUUUCUAAAAAAUGAAUCCGAUUAAUAUGGCGAUGUUGAACUGUUGUUUAUGAACAGUGUUACAUCAUCAGACGCGUUUUUAUUCUGCUGCCAUUAAAUUAGAGCUUUAAUAACUUUAUGAUUGAGCAUAAAAAUGGAAAUCAAUUUAUCGGUUUUGGAAAUGUAUUAAUGAAGAUAUUGAAUCAUAAUGCUUUGACAUUUUUGUAGAAUACAGGUGUGUUUGACGACAUUCCUUAUUCGAGAAUUAAUAUUGAAAUGAAGCUUGACUGAUGAUACUUUUAGGCUCAAAAUGUUUUAUCAAAUUGUUAGCUUGACAAGAUUCGAGGAAUGACGUUUUGAAUGUUUCGUCAACCUUCAUAAACUAUAGAUUUCGUUCAAAGUUAAAAUCCAUCUUCUGAAAAAUAUUCACGAUUUUUUUUUUCAAAUUUUCGGUUUCCGAAAAUGAUUAAUUUCUCACUGGUGUUCGUAGGAUUAUUCGAAAACCCUGCCAGUUAACGUUGCAAUUACGUUUCGAAAACCUACUUUUACAUUGUCGAUGCCAGGAAAUGGCCAAACAGCAUUACUAAAAAUAUGCGUGGUCUUAUGUCUUGUAAAUGAAAUGCUAGCGUUUUCCUGUUCGAAAAAGAUUACCAGUGACGGGGGACUGAAAGCGGGACAAAUUUUAUUUUAAACGUCGCUGAAAUUAGGCGAACGAAGGGAGAAAUAGAAAAAUUACUACGCGAGCAUUUUUCUUCGAGUUGUCUGGCAACAUGACUAAACGCUAAAAGUCGACAAAGUGUGGUGUGUUUUUUAGAGGAGAAGCAGCAGAUAAAAAGAAAGAAAAAAAAACGUUCGUUGAAACACCAUCUUCCAUCCAGCUAACGACUUGAAAUUAUUAAAUGAUGGUGGUAACGCGUUGAUAAUUUAUUCAUGAUAUUCAAAGCUUUCAUUAUAAUUUUUGUUUGCGUUUCGAGCUUUUUUUUAUUUUAUUUUCGCGCUUUCAUUUUGGGUUAUAAUUCGCGCCAAGUAUCUAGUGUUUGGUUAUUCCUCGGAGAGCUGUUGAAAUAUUACCUAGCGUUAAAAAACAGACGACGAUUAUUUCGUGGGAUAGAUGAAUUCUUUCGACGAUGCAGGUGUCGGGUGUAAUUAUUCAUCGAUUGAUUUAUCAACAAGAAACUAUGUUUCUUUCCCUACUUUUUUCAAACAUUUUUUUUGGAAGGAUGGGAGGACCACCCGCCCCCCCUCCGUCUCUUGGAUCUUAAAAGUAACGAUAUUUUUGAACUCAGUGUGGUUGAAUGUCUAUGAAAAUGAUCCAAAAGCGGCCAGAAAAGCAAAUUUUGAAAAAUGAAAAGCCGAAACCCCCUUUGAACCCCUCUCUAGUGCCCCUUCUACGAUGUUAGGCGAAUUCUUCUCGUGCUUAAAAACUUCCUUUUGGAGAUUAUGAAAUGUAGCUUAUAGUUGCAUUUUGCGACUGGACUAUUUUAGUGCUAGGUACCUUUGCUAGUCUCUUAGGUGUUGGUUUAGAUACCUGCUUCUAUCGAGUUCGUACUAAUUUUUGAAAAUUCGACUUGAUUAAUUUAAUAUUCGUUUACUCGCUUUUGAUAGCGUAGUUUAUUUAGGGACUAACAAAAUGAGCGCGAUGUUUGCGUAAUUUAAUUAUAAUUGCAAAUACACGUCGCAGUGUUUUUGACAUACAAUAUUAGACGAGUAUGCGAGAUUAUGUGAAAGAUUGUCUUAUGUAAUGCAUUAUUCUUCUGCUAAUAUUGUAUAUGUAGCAGAAGAGCGCGCACGCCAUUAUAAGUGGAACAUCUUCCACGCAUACAUAGACAUAUACUCGUAUACCGAGCUCGUUUCAAAUUAUAUGGUUGGUGCGAAUUUGUAAAUAUUUGUCUUCGUUGAUUAAUGAUGAAACGUAUAAGCCUAUUAUACUUCGAGGUACCAUAAUCGCUGCUUUGGGACCAGCUCCUGCUCACAUUACUUGCCCUCAUUGUCGUUAUGUUGUAGUUACCUCGACCGAAACAGAACCUAAUUGUGCCGCGCAUCUGUGUUGCUUAUUUUUAUUAGUCAUCGGGCCCACCAAAGCAUGCGAUGCGAAGAAAAGCUAAGCGAAGGACGAAACCUAUGUGAAUUUGAAAGUUUGCUCUUCUUGAUCAGCGCGUGAAGGUGGAAUCAUGUCCGGUACCGUCGAGAGGUACAAGAUAUCGUCGCAGUGUUACUCGUCUCCGUCGCACCAGUCUUAUCAUGAAAGCAGCCCCGUUCCGUCGUCGUAUUUUCAAUAUUCCCCUUUUAGGGGUGAUCGAAUACCGUCCGUGUCAGCUCGAUGCGAAUCGCAACAAAACCCAGAGACUGCUCUCGCCAUGGAAUUCUUACGUGAUAGAAACGGAGGAGGAACGCCGGAUACGAAUAGUAAUCAGUUUCAGGUCGAUCCAGGGGGUCCGACUGGAAAUAUUACUCAAGAACGUACACCAUUGACCAGGCGAAUGCAACUGAGCUUUAGACGUGCCACUUCAUCGAUGCGGAAGAGCUGGUCUUCGCGACGGUUCCUGCGAAAACGUGAGUCGGCCGCAGAGAAGGAAGACGAAGAAGCGGUCGGUGAAGAUAAUUCAUUAAAGUCUGCCCAACAUAUUACCGGCAAUUAUUUUAGAUUAUCUGCAUUCGUCGUUGAUCCUUCCACGCCAUUUCAUUACAAAUGGCUAUCGUUAGUAACAGCGGCAAUUUUGUACAAUCUAGUAUUCGUUGUGGGUCGUGCGGUAUUUUGGGAGCUGAGUAACGCUGCUCCGGUAUUCUGGUACACGCUGGAUUACACCGCCGACAGUAUAUAUAUUUUAGAUACCAUUCUACACGCUCACGAAGGUUACCUAGAUCAAGGUCUGAUGGUGAGAGACUCGAAACGACUGCGUAUUAAUUAUUUCAAAUCAGCCAGCUGGAGAACUGACAUAUUAAGCUGCCUACCGACGGAUUUCGUGUACUUCAUUUGGCCUCCGAGAAACUGUGAUGCGGAUAACCUACCGUGCCCCGUGAUCUUUCGCGCGAAUCGUUUAUUUCGCCUACCGCGUAUGCUCGAGUUCUUCGACAGGACCGAAACGAAAACCGGAUAUCCGAACGUGUUUCGUAUUUGCAAAGUCGUAUUCGCCAUUUUAAUACUCAUUCAUUGGAAUUCUUGUUUUUAUUUCGCUAUUAGUUAUAUGAUCGGUUUCGGCACCGACAAUUGGGUCUACAAUUUGACCGGCACGAAAAACUCGACGCUUUCCAGACAGUACAUUUAUUGUUUCUACUGGUCUACUUUGACGUUGACUACCAUCGGAGAAACACCUCAACCAGAAAACGAUCUGGAGUAUCUUUUCGUGGUAGCUGAUUUCCUAGCCGGUGUGCUGAUUUUCGCCACCAUCGUGGGUAACAUCGGCAGCAUGAUCAGUAACAUGAACGUGGCCCGAGUAGAAUUUCAAAAUCGAAUGGACGGUGUCAAGCAAUACAUGGCGUUUCGGCGUGUGUCCAAAGAACUCGAAGCCAGGGUUAUACGGUGGUUUGCCUACACUUGGGCUAACAAACAAGCUUUAGAUGAAGAUCGCGUUUUGGCUGCGUUGCCGGAUAAAUUGAAAGCUGAGAUCGCCAUACACGUGCAUUUAGACACGUUAAAGAAAGUCAGAAUUUUUCAAGACUGCGAACCCGGCCUAUUGGAAGAGUUGGUGCUUAAAUUAAGAUUGCAGGUUUUCAGUCCGGGAGAUUACAUUUGUCGGAAAGGCGACGUCGGCAAAGAGAUGUAUAUCGUUAAACGAGGCCGUUUAAGCGUCGUAGCGGAUGACGAAAAAACGGUGCUGGCUACGUUAAGCGCCGGCAGCGUUUUUGGCGAAGUCAGCGUGCUCGAUAUCGCCGGUAAUAAGACGGGCAAUCGACGCACCGCUAAUGUGCGAAGUUUAGGAUAUUCGGAUUUGUUCUGUCUGGCUAAAAAAGAUUUAUGGGAAACGUUAGCCGAUUAUCCCGAAGCCAGGCAUAGUUUAAUGGAAAGAGGAUGCCAGCUAUUAAGGAAAGAUCAUCUUUUAGACGAAGAAGCCUUUCGAAAUGCCCAAGUUGAAAAAGAGUCUCUGAGAGAUCGCGUAGAAAGAUUAGAUAAAAUGAUCGAAACGUUUCAAAAACAGAUCGAUUUGUUAAUGACUGAUUACUCGAAUCAACACAAUAAAUUACGAAGAAGGUCCACAAAAUCGGAACGUGAAAAACACAAACGCACUAGUUUCGAAAAGCGAGAAGACUCGAUUCGCAACAUCGACAGCAGCAGCUCUGAAACUUGCGUCCAAAUCGAACCGAUACCAGGCCCUUCUUGCGAAGCUGGUCCAUCCAAUGUCAUCUUACGUUGCUCAAAUAUCGGCAGAAGAUCGUUCCAUACUUCUUCGCGUACUGCCUGGGCCAGACGUCGACAUAAACUUCAGAGCAGUAUUUAAACGUGUCGUGUCGUGUCUGUAUUUUAUUUUUCAUUUUGUGGUACCGCGUAUUAUGGAUGUUACCGUGUAUUAAGUUAACCAGAAUACCUACCCUGUAAAGCGUUUCAUAAACAGAGCGGAUAGUUCAACUAAUCACUCACCCGUCUUGUACUUGUUUCGUUUUGUCUUUUUUUUCUUUCUUUUUUUGUUUUUUUUUUUAGUAAGUAAUUUUUAUUUUAUUUCGUUGUUCUAAAUAAGGUCGAUCGGGAUGCUUGCGAACGAAAAAUUUCACUUUUGGCAGUGAUCAAAUGGUUAUAAACGAAGAAUAAUUUAGAUGCAAAAACUGUUUACAAUUAGGUACUCCGAUUGAUCUUAUAAUUAUAUGUAUAUCUACGUGUGUACUGUGUAGGUAAAGUACCAAAAAAUACACGAAUGAAUGUAUAUCGUACAUGCUUAGGUACUGUCUACAGUUUUCACAAGCUUGCACCAAAUAAUUAAUUAUCGGAUAUUCGGCCCAUCCUUAUCUACACUGCCAAUGUCCUGAGAAAGAUGUAUAUAGCACAUUUUUUCGUGUAAAUACUAACGAGAGAAACAAAAACACACUGUGUAUUGAUGUACGAAAUUUCACAUAAUCAUUAUUUGUAUUCUUAAUUUUGUAUUUUUCUCAAUCGAACUGAACGCUGAAAAAUACAAAUCGUGGUAGGCCUACUAACUGUAAUAGACCAAUAUUUUUCGAAUGAAAACGAAUCGCGAGCAAAUUCAAAUUUUUAAAAUGAUCUCUUCGAUACCGAUUUUGUCGCAUACUCGUAAUUUCGUGAUGUCGACAUCAUUGUGUACAACACAUUCCAAAAGCAAAAAUAGCUAUACCAAGGUAUUAUUAUUGAAUUGCUCGAUAUAAACGUAACUUGAAUAAUAGUGUUGUAACGUGCAUCGGUAAUGGAUGAACCAGCAUUAUUUGUAUUUUCGGUUAUUUGCAAGUCUCAACGUACUUAUUCGAUUUUUUUUUUGACCGAUUAUUUCCGCUUCGAAUGAAACAUUUGUUAUUAUUUUCAAUGUUUUACUUGUUACAUUGUUUUGAUGUUUUGUAAAAUUGUAAGUACAUGAAAUUCUGAAAUACAUCGUAGAUUUGUUUGGAAA